CUUCACCGGAGAGCGCUGCAAGGGACGACGCCAGUGGCGCGGCGCGAGGCCUAGCACGAGCGCAAGGAGCCCCUUCGGACCGCCACAGGAGCCGGCGACCACCAGACGCCGGCCGCCGCGGCGCCAGUGAGGGGCUGCCCCUCUUGCUCUUGCGAGACAGCGCGGGCAGCGGGAGAGCGCCGACGACGAGCAGGAUGGGCCUCUUCAAGGGCAAGCAGAGGGAGAAGACCGAGGCCGAGCAGGUCGCCGAGGACUACAAUAUCAUCGGGAAAGAUAAACGUAUCCAUCCCGAGGAGGAAGAGGAGGACGACGAGGAGGAAUCUGUUCAAGAGCCGGAGCCCGAGCCCGAGCCGGAGCUGCGGGAUUUAGAUGUCAGCUCAUUGAAAAUGAAGUGCGCUUCGUUGGGCCUGAAGCAGUCCGGUAGUAGGGAAGAAUUAAUUAUGAGGAUAGAGGAAGCCACUCAUGAAUCUGAGGAAGAACCAGACGUCAUCGCGGAAGAUGCCGAGAAGGCCGUGCAUCGGACCUUCGAGGGCAAGAAGGCGAGGAAGAAGCAGUGGAGCGGCGGUCGGGACAGUAGGACCAUCCGGGCGGAGAAGGAAUUUGCCCAAAAAGAGAAGGAACGGUUGGCGCGGGACGCGGAACGCUUGGCGCGCGAAGCCGCCAAGCCCAAGCUGCUCGAGGCGCUCGCUCCCGUAAAACGGAAAGGCGGCUGUUUCAACGCAUGUUAUGACAGAUAUGUCCUUGGACUUGGGAAAUAUAAACACGUCGAUUAUAGCGAGUUCACGCCGUACUUGGGUGAUUUCGCGCACUUAGGACUCAAGGAGCCGGACGUGUGUCGCCUGCUGAACAUCUUCCUGAAGAUCGAUUCCGAUCGCAGUGGCUACAUGGACUCGUUCGAGUUCCUCAUGUGACGGGCAGUGUGAGGCAAUGCCUUCAAUUUGAGGCGUGUCGUGGCGUAUCGCUCGGAGGUCGUGUUCGAGUUUGACCGCUCUCACGCGGCGAGAACGGAGGAACGCGCCGCGUCGAUGGCGUGAUCGAGCGGCUGGCGCGGCCUCCGCUCCGAGCCGCCGUUCUCCGCCGCGGCCCCUCCGGGCCCCGCGGGACCCCGAAUCGGGUCCGAAUCGCCUCAAAGUCGAAUAAAAAAACACCCACCGCCGUUAUUCCUGGAGGAGCACAUCGUAGGACGCCGUCGACGCGAAGAUACCUUGACUCACGCAGGUGGGCCGACAUCGAGCGGUCGCCGUUCGCCGAGAAGAUCUUCAAGAUUUUCGAUCAUGACUUGAGUGGCGAGCUCGACUUCGUGGAAUUUGUUUGUGCGAUCUGGAACUUCUGCACCAUGGACGACGCCGACGUCGUGAGUUUUGCCUUCGAGUGCUUCGGGGACCGGAAUCCCGUGACCAAGGAGUGGUGGCUCCAGCAGGAGGGCGUGGACUUGUUGACGCAGUCGAUCUUCGACGUGGAGACGCAGGCCUACAAGACGUGCAAGGUCUUUUUUGAUGAUAUCAUCAUGCGGAACGGGAAAGUCACGGAGCGCGACUGGACGAAGUGGACGCAACAUAAUAGGAGGGCUCUCAGACCGUUGAUUGACCUGCGGAACAAGAUGCGGCGCCAGAUUGUCGGGAGGAAGUGGUGGAAGAAAUUGAUGAAGUUCCGCAAGAAGCAGUUCUUCCGGAUGCGGUUCCACGACAUCGAGAAGGCGCGCUCGCGGCGUCCCGCGCGUCGUCUCCAGGAAUGAUGGAAGUUGCUCCGCGCAGGCCAUCGAUAGUAAACGGCGCCAGAUGAACCGGAAGCCGCUCGCGCAGCAGAAGGAGGAGGCGACCGUCGAGAAAGUAUUCGCCUCUCGUCGUACCAGAGAAUCGCGCGGCUCGUUCGACAACGCGAACGAGCACGCGCGCCAGCGCGAAGAGGAGCGGUUAGCUAAGCGCCAAAAACCGAAGCGCAAGAAGUUUAAGAUCGUGAUGAUGCACGGCUACGAGCAGUCCGUGCCCUGGACCGACGACGACGAUAACGCGUCUCCGAAAAAACAGCCUUCCGUCGAGCGACCCAUCGAGAUCAAGCGCAAGGCCGCCAAACUCAAGAAGAGGAACCACGACGAGAAGAUAGCUCUCCUCAAGUCCUUACGGUCGGGCAGCGCGGCGCACGACUUUAACCGGAGAAGGUCGCCCUCCAAACGCCUCCAGGCGGGCUCGGCGUUUCUGGACGCGGCGAAGAUGAACGGUUCGGCGGCGCGCGCCGCGGCUCGCUUAAUCUCCAAGACCGGCCGGCCGAAAUAUGAGACGAACUCCUACUCCAUCCUGUCGGAGCCGUCGGAGCUGGAGCGGGCGUCGGGCAUCUACACGCUCUCCGGCAUGAUUCCUACAGGGGAUGUGGUCGAGCAAGCGCGAGCGCUCGGCCAGGACCGGGAGCAGGAGGUCCUCCGGCUGGAGUACCGCGGGUAAGAUGUUAGUGUGUGCAGUCGAC